AGGUACCGAGACUCAUUUACACGUAGUCUCCUUUCGACUGUGAAGGUGCCUUGUUAACGACGGAAUUUACGGUUCUUAUGUCGUGCAGAUGAAGAUGGAAAAGUUGAGAUAUUUGUUCAUCCUUUUGACCGUGGGAGUUGCAAUCCUCUGCUUCUUCCCCCUGAUAUUAAGCUUUAUCGUAAGGGACAAGAUCGACUGCCUCCCCUUUGUUCGAGACAUGGUUCGACUCUCCCUGCCGAACCCCGAAGAGUCCGAUUUGCUCUCCCAGUCUAAGUCUCAGGACCCUGCCACGCUCCUUCAGUCCAGGCCUCAGGACCUUGCCAUGUUCUCCCAAAUUAAGCCUGAAGACCCUGCAGUACUUCCCCUCUCCGCGCCUCAGGACACUCCCAUGUCCUCCCAAUCCGCGCCUCAGGACCCUGAAAUGCUAUCCCAAUCCAGGCCUGAGGAGCCUGCAAUACUCCUCCAAUCCGCGCCUCAGGACCCUUCCACGCCCUUCCAAUCGCGGCCUCAGGACCCUGCCACGUUAUCGCAACCCAAGCCUGAGGAACUUGCAGUACUCCCCCCAUCCGCGCCUCAGGACCCAGCCAAGUACCCACAGUCUACGUCUCAGGACCUUGCAAUGCCCUCAGGAUCUCGGGCACCAUCUCUUAAUCGGACAGUGAGAUUUUCGGAACCGCAGAGCGAGUUUCUGGGACAGCCAAUACAAGGACACGAUAACAAUUUGCUCCUGAAGCCGGUACACCCCCAUGUCGUCAUCUACAACCGCGUACCGAAGUGUGCGUCAGCUACAAUGCUCCGUAUAUGCCUUGGCUUAUCAAAGAGCAACAAGUUCUCCUUCAACAACAUGAGGAAUCUGGGGAAACACAAGACCAAGGCUGACCAGGUGAAGCUUGCCAAGUGGAUUUUCGGACGUUCCUUCACCUCGAGACAUUUCUUCUUCGAGCACAUGUCUUACUUCAAUUUCAGCAGAGUGGGUUUCUGGGAACCGACUUGGAUCAACGUGGUGCGACAUCCGGUAAAGAGGUACAUCAGCCACUACUACUUCAAGGGACCCAAGCAGACCCUGGACGUCUGCAUAGGCACCGGCAAGUGUGACUUCAAGCACGGGAAGAACAGGAUUCCCGCGCAGAUCUCCUACUUCAUUGGAUACAACCCGAUUUCGAAGUUGAAGCUGAAUGCCCGGGCCUUACAAAUGGCCAAACAAGUGGUCGAGAGAGUAUUCGUGGUUAUAGGAAUCCAGGAAGAGUUGGAUAACACGCUUCUGGUCUUGCAACAUCUUCUCCCAAAUUUCUUCGGAGGCGCCACGGAAUUAGAGUAUAAAAACUGGAACAUCCAAGCUUCGAAACCACCGACUUCGAACAAAACACUAGCGGUUCUCCAGCGCUGGUUGAAGGUUGACAUCGAAUUCUACGAAUAUUUGAAACAACGAUUCCACAAACAGCUGGAAAGAAUUACGGAAGAACUAAGGAAUAAAUAA